AUGACUAAAGCAGACCCCAUAAAGUUCAUGCUGAAUAAACCCAUACCUUCUAGUAGAAUAGCUCGCUGGAUACUAAUGCUCAGCGAGUUCGAUAUCAGCGUCAUGUACCCAAGAGCACAAAAAAGUCAAGCCUUGUCUGAUUUGCUAACAUAUUCAUCAAAUAAUGAUGAAGAUUGGACCCCAAAAGAGAUCCCAGGAGGGUUACCCGAAGCUAUGGUUUGCGAUGACGAAAUACAAAAGAAAUGGGUAAUAACAUUUGAUGGAUCAUCAACCUCCAAUGGGGGAGGUGCAGGAAUAGUAUUGACCAACCCAGAAGGUAAGAAUCAUACUCAGGCAUACAAAUUGUCUUUUGAUUGUUCUAAUAAUGAGGCUGAAUAUGAGGCACUUAUUUUGGGUAUGACGGUUGCAUUAAACAUGGAAGUAAAAAGAGUUGUAAUUAAAGGAGACUCUAAGCUCGUCAUCCAGCAAGUCAAAGGAAAAUUUUAUGUGAAAGAACCAUCACUGGCGAUAUAUCAAGCAAUGGUCCAAGAAUCAGCAAAGAAUUUUCAGGAAUGUGAGUUUGAACACAUGCCUCGAACGCAAAAUAGAUAUGCUGAUGCUUUAGCUACCAUGGCUUCUAAGGUCGAGGUGUCUGAAACUCAAAAUUUGGUAUGCAAAAUAAUCAAUCAAAAGUGUUCAGUUAUCUUGGGAUACAAAAGAGGGUUUGAACUCGAGGAAUGGUAG